AUGGUGGGAUCUGGCUCAGGUCCUCCUCCAGAAGUGGAUCCCCGUUCUUCAGAUCUGAGAAUGCUUCUAAGCAUAGUACGAGCCACCAUUGACCGUGAGGUCACGGAAUUCAACGAGGCAGUUGAGGCAGGAGAGCCGGCGAACACUGGCCGAGAGAACAAGAACAAGAAAUCGAUCGGAGCAGGCGAGCACUCUGGCGUAGAAACCCACGACAACACCGAUACCGACGAAGGCGUGCUCUUCAAGAACUUCAAGCGCCUUCCCCCCGAGAUCCGAUCCAAGAUAUGGGUGGCUGCUGGUGAGGCUGCCAGGCCGUGUGGAAUCUAUCAUUUCAUGUUCAAGUCAGUGUCCAUGCGACCGGGAGCACAUCCUGGUUUGGGCGACACAGUUCUUGCAAGCCUAUCCAGUAUCCAGCCCAGCCCUGCGCUCUUCAGGACCAUUCAGCAGCUGCUUUGGUGGAAAGUCGGCGGCCAUCGGGUUCAGACUAUCACCCCCUCGGCGGCAGUCAUCAAAAUGACCCGUGGAAUCCGGGAUCUGCUGCGCAGCUGCUCAGAGGCCCGGGCCGAGCUCAUGCGAUGCCCGGAUUUCAGCUCAAGUUUCGACUUUUACUACUUGAAGGGCGGGAAGUGCAACGCGGGCACCAUUAGACCUUUCCUCUACGACACUGACUGGGUCAGCAUGGAUGGACUGAACCUCAAACACAAACGCUCCGUAUUUCGCACCGACCUAGGCACGCGUGACAUCAAACGUAUCCAGCACUUUGCGCUACCAUACGAUGGUUUCGACCGGCCCGAGCUCUUUCACCGUGGGGGUCUCAAUUCCGGUGGUCAAAAGUCUGCUCACAUCUUCCGCUGGCUCCAUGGUCUCAAGUCCGUCGGCCUCUACGCGCCCUCAGUCACCAUUAAGCGCGCAAGAAACUGGGAAAUGGCGAUCCGCCAGGGCGACAGGCUUUUUCUCAAAUGCUUUCCGGCCCCCGUGUCUAGUCGUGUCUCGGCUCCUUCGUGGAACAUGACAGAGCAUGGUGAGGCCAUGGAAAAACUCACGGAUCUCGUCUCGCUAAUGGGCCAGAUGUAUAUGCAAAAGACAGUUGAGCGUUGGCCCGCCAGCACCUGUGAUUUCGGUGCCUUGCAGUUCUGCUUCAUCAUCCACGCUGACAACAGGAAGGGGCUUGAUCUCAUGAAGUUCAAAGAGGAUGGCUCUCACCUUGAUGAUGUCGACUUGGAUGACCUCGGGAAGAUGGGGGACCGUCUGAAAUGGCUGCCGCAUGCGGCAGACUAUUUCAAGGCAGGGGGUCGAUGA